AUGGACGGGAUUAUAGACAAAAUUCAAGAGGAAAAAAGCAUCAGGAUCCAUUUGGAACACAUCGAGUCGAAGCCUAUACACCUCUUCGAGAAAUUCCCCAAAACGAUCGUCGAGGCAUUGAUGUGCAACCAGUUCAUCAAAACUCCUGCAAUCACUCUUAAAGAUGACAGAAAAACCACCACCACGUGGCAAGGACUUGUAGAAGCGGCGUUCCAAUGUGCGUACUGUCUCAUUGAUAUCAAACACAAACACCCAACACUCGACGAGAAAGCGGUACUGUUGUGUAUGAACAACUGUCAUGAGGUGUUUGAAAUUGCUUAUGGGUGCUUCUUGUGUGGGAUAAUUCCGCUUUUUGUCUCGCCACGAACACCAAAAGAGGAUAUCAAAACGAUCAUCGAGGAGAGUAAGGUCAUUGCGUGUUUCUUCGACUACCACCAAAAAAACAAAUUUGAGGAGAUCAACAAAGAAAUCCCACUUGUAAUGAUACUGGUGGGAGCAAAGAUGACGUCAAACGAAAAGAUUAUUCCGUACCUCAACUGGGUCAGAAUCAAAGAGGAGAACGCGGCUGUAAAACAGGAAAAAGAGACGGAGAUUGAGACUGUCAUUGAAAGCACAAAGCCAGAAGAUAUUUGUGAAGUCGCGUUUGUCCCAAGUGAAGUGGGGGGACUCAAAGGGGUCAUCUGGACGCACAACAAUAUCAUCUCGGAGUGCUGCUACAUGAACAACAUCUUCAACUUUCAGGAGAAAGAGAAGUACGUCUCAUCGUUUUUGAACAGUUUUUUCUUCGAACGAAUCAUGUCCUUGUAUUUGGCGCUCUUGUUCAGAUUCCACGUUUUCAUUUCAACACCAGAGAUGUUGAAAAAAAAUGCGAACCCGUUCUUUUUCUUGUGUCUUCGUAUAAGACCGACUAUAUUCCUGGGCGUGCCGAGAGUUUACGAGAAAAUCAUUGAUAAAAUUCAACCAAAGAAAGGAGGAAUCAAUGAUUGGGCAAUGAAGAACGCAAUUUCGGGGAUUUCAAACGCCCAGACAGGGGGCCACAAACAGAGGGGGUAUGGUCUAGCCAUGCACAUACUGAGAAAGAAGCUCAGGAAAAUUGGGUUGAGCAGAACAAGACUCUUUUUGAAUUGUGUUUCUCCAUUGAGUUCGGACUUGAUGAACUCAUUGUGUGGUUGUGGGAUAUGUGUGUAUGAUGGGCUGUGCCUUCCAGAGACAACGGGGUUCUGCACCAUCAACAGAUUUAACACUUUUCUACCAAACACACUUGGCACUCCAAUCAACGAGGAAGUUAAAGUCGAGAUUGAUGAGGGGAAAGUUGUUGUGAGAGGACCAACUGUUGCGUGUGGAUACACCGAUCACAGUCUGAACGGCAAUUUCACGGAAACGAGUGUGGUCACGGGGUUUACUGGGCAUUUUCAGAACGAGAAAAAUGGCGACUUUUUGGUUACAGAAAAGCCAACAACGCCACUCAUCAUUGCCAUCACAGGAGAGUACACGUACCCGAUUCCGAUCGAAGAGCGUCUCAAAACCAUCACAACCGUCACAAAUGCGCUGGUUGUUGGAAAGAACCAGAAGUAUGUAGGAGCGCUUAUAUUCACAAACCCACAGGAGGUUGUUAAAGAGCUCAAAGAAAAAGCCCCUUUGAAAGAAUGCAUUGGGAAGGAUCCGUUUUACGGCAAUUUCGUCAAACUACAAAUUGAAAAAAUCAACGCGUCACUCCCAAGGUGCAGUAAAAUCAAGCGGUUCAUUGUUUUAUUAGAAGGAGAGCCAAUCGGAGAUAUUGACGACGAGAAAAGACAAUCCUUGAUUGAGAAGUACGAACAUCAAAUUGACUUGUUGUUCAAACCCACAAACUAA